GGAGCUCUCCUCGCUCUCUGACAAGUCGCUUUUCCUGCCCUUGUUGUUCAGACAUCAUUGCCUGGCCCUGGCGGAGCGUUUUUCUCUUUGGAUGAUAUUCUUCAUAAAUAGCCCUAGGUCUGACUCGUGGUAAUAAUUAACAAGCUCGCCUUCUGCUGACUGGUUGCCGCUGGUUAGUAUCUAUCAACUCGACCUAUCUUACUUUGAAUAUUUUAUAUUUCUUUGACUUCGAGUUAAAACUACCCCAAACAAGAAUGGAGUAUACGUGCUUGCCUCUCUCUGAAAUCCCGACAGUCUCGUUGCUUUACAAGUUGAAGCGCUUGAACCAGGCUGCCUUCCCAGUCGCGACUCCAUCACAGACUUUCAACGAUAUCAUCUCCCACAUACGUCAUGAUAUCACCAACCUGCAGGUGGACUGCAUCGUGAAUGCGGCCAACAAAUCUUUGUUGGGCGGCAGCGGCGUGGAUGGAGCCAUUCACCGUGCAGCUGGCCCGGAUCUAGUGAGGGAAUGUCGUGGACUGGACGGUUGCGAAACCGGAGAUGCAAAGAUCACGGCUGCUUACAGACUUCCUUGUAAGAGGAUUAUACAUACCGUGGGUCCCAUCUAUCAAAUAGAGGUUUCUCGAGGUAUUCGUCGUCCCGAGAGCCUGUUGAGGAGUUGUUAUCGGCGCAGUCUUGAGUUGGCGGUCGAAAACGGGAUGAAGAGCAUCGCAUUCGCGGCAAUCAGCACCGGCGUCUACGGAUACCCCAGUCGUGGUGCUGCAGAAGCUGCCAUCGACGAGGUUAGGAAGUUUCUAGAUGAGCCCAACAACGUUGGAAAAUUGGAGAGAAUUAUUUUCUGCACCUUCGAGCGGAAGGACGAACGGGCAUAUGAAGAGACCAUUCCCCAAUUUUUCCCUCCUACACAACUUGACCAUGAGUCGCUCGUACAAUCUACCAACGGCGAGUCUUCGCCAUCCCCGGAGCUCCUGGCAGCUACACUCCCCGACCCGCCCACCAUGGACCCUGUGCCAGAUUAUGAGCCCCAACCUAAACACAAGAAGAUGAAGAUCAACUCGGGGGACUCUCCACAGGUUAUUGGGGACAAGAAAAUUGAAGAUGAUUGGGAGGAGGUCGGCCAUUCUGAGGAUGAGCCCAUCGAAACGCUAGAUGAUGAACCAGUAGAGGUUGACAAUGCUCCCUCUGCGGCCGACGUACGCAGUGUGCAGUCUAGCAGUAUUCUCGACAUGGACGACUCGCACUCUUCAGAAAACCUGUUGCAGAAAGACUGGUAGUUCAGAGAGAUUUUCCAAUACACCAGUCAUCCUUCUUCUUCUUCUUUUGAAUUCCUACGACCUGAAUUUCGGCGCUAUAUUUUGCCUUUCAUAUUCAAGAAUGUUAGCGAGAAAGGCGUUCCUAUGUUCUUCUCGAAGAUCACAAUUGUUCCUGUUUGUAUUCAGUUGAAAAGCACGUGAGCUUGAUCUUGCGCGAGAAUCCAUCGGCAGGAUAGCUUCCUUAUAAGAAAUAUUCAUAUCAACACCUGAUACUCUAUUAUUUAAUUCCAAUGAGUCACCUGC